UACAAUAUAUAUAUCUUUCUUUCCUUAUCUAAAUCAUCUGCAAAAUUAUGGCUAGUGAUCUGCAAAAAUCACACGAAAAUGAACGUGAAGGAGCAGAAAUUACAUAUGGAGCUGAAGAUUGCUACCGCAAAAUUACAGAACUUUUGCAAAACUUGGGAUUUCCAAAUGGAGUUCUUCCUCUUAAAGAACUUGAAGAAUUUGGCUAUGUUCGCAAAACUGGAUUUGCAUGGAUGAAACAAAAGGCGCCAUACGAACAUUAUUUUAGUUCAAUGAAACUUCUUGUAAGUUAUGCAACUGAGGUUACUGCAUAUGUGGAGUUGGAGAAAAGGAAGCUGAAAAAAAUAAAUGGUGUUAAGGGUAAGAAGCUACUUAUUUGGGUUCCAACAGUUGAAAUGAGCAUUGAAGAUCCUGCUUCAAAGCAAAUUUAUUUCAAGAUUCCUAUAGGAAUUGGAAAGUCUUUUCCAAUUACUGCUUUUAUGACUGAGGAGGAAAAGCAUAAGUACUUGGAGAAAUCCAAUGAGUAGUAGUAUAUAUGUUUUUGCGUCCAGAGACGGCUUCAGAAUUUGAAGUUUAUGAAUUCUGAAUUUGGCAAAAUACAGCUUAAUAGAUUCUGCUAUACAUAUUAAGUAAAUUUCUUAAUACAAAUACAAAGUUUUAGGCUAAGCUACUAGAUUCUAUCUAGAGCUCUAGCUCCGCUACUAUUUGCAUCCUCUUCUUUUUCUUCGGACAGGGCUUGAAGCUUUAAUUUGCUUUCAUCAUCUUAUAUUCUUGUACACAAGCGCUUGCUAGUUAAGAAGAACGAUAUUGAUGAACUGAGUAAUAUCUUAUGGCAUA